AAUUCAAACACAGUGGCUUUCUGUCAUUGUUGUACAGAAAGUGUCGAGUUUAAAAGUGAAAAUGUGCAGAGCCGUGUGUGUCCUCGCGCUCAUCGUUUUAAUCAGCCCUGCUGAAGCGCUGGACAAUGGUCUCGCGCUGAAACCCACUAUGGGCUGGCUGCACUGGGAGAGAUUCAUGUGUAAUAUCGACUGUGACAAGGACCCAAAUAACUGCAUCAGCGAGCGUCUGUACAUGCAGAUGGCAGAUGUGAUGGUGAAGGAGGGCUGGAAAGAGGCCGGUUACGAGUACGUCUGUAUCGAUGACUGCUGGCCCUCCCACCAGCGCGAUGCCAAGGGCCGCCUGCAGGCAGACCCCAAAAGAUUCCCGGGAGGCAUCAAGAAACUGGCUGACUAUGUUCAUUCUAAGGGACUGAAGCUGGGUAUCUAUGCAGAUGUGGGAAAGAAGACCUGUGCUGGAUACCCUGGCAGUCUGGGUUACUAUGAGACAGACGCUCAGACUUUUGCAGACUGGGAGGUGGAUCUGCUUAAAUUUGAUGGCUGUUAUAUGGACUGGACCCUGCUGGGAGAAGGCUACAUCAACAUGUCACAAGCACUGAACAAAACUGGAAGAAGUAUCCUGUACUCCUGUGAGUGGCCUCUGUACGAGUGGCCUUUCCGUCAGCCCAACUACACAGCCAUCCGUGAGACGUGUAACCACUGGCGCAACUAUGCUGACGUGUACGACUCAUGGAGCUCUGUCAAGUCCAUCUUGGACUGGACCGCUUCACAUCAAGACAUUAUUGUCCCCGCGGCUGGACCUGGGGGCUGGAACGACCCUGACAUGCUCGUGAUUGGAAACUUUGGCCUGAGUCAUGACCAGCAGGAGUCUCAGAUGGCAUUAUGGGCCAUCAUGGCAGCCCCUCUGCUCGUGUCCAAUGAUCUGAGGGACAUUUGUCCUCGCUCCAAGGAGCUGCUGCAGAACAGACACAUCAUCGCCAUCAGCCAGGACCCACUGGGCAAGCAAGGAUACCUCACUGCCAAGGUGGACAGUUUUGAGGUCUGGGAGAGGCCUCUGUCCGACAAACGACUGGCUCUCGCGGUGCUAAACAAACAGGAGAUUGGAGGUCCCCGAGAGUUUGUCAUCAAAGCGUCUCCUGGCUGGAAGAUCUGUGACCCACAGUGUAACGUCACUCAGAUCCUGCCUAAGUACAAGGAGCUGGGUGUUCAGACACCAAACACCAAAAUGGUUCUGUCUGUCAACCCCUCAGGCACGUCUCUACUGACUGUCACUCCCAUCAGCGGCGACUUUACGCGGCUUCACAGGCUGCACUGGAAGAGCACGUCUGUCAAACGCAAGUACAACGUGAUCUUGUAGUCCUUAGAUGGUUAUGCACUUGAUCUGACGACUAUUUUGACUGACUGAAGUUGAAAAUUGUUGAUCUUUUAACUUUUAAACAGAUGUGCUGCUUUUGUAAAAUUGAGUAUUAAAAUUUAAAAAAGGGAA